AUGCUGGAGCUGGAGCGGGUCGGCGACUCCAGGGACAAGCGGCAGACCGAGGGAGAGGCCGACUUCUCUAACAAGGAGCCCCAGUACAUCUCGCCGCAGUACAUCCAGCAACUGCAGUCUCGCGGCCUGGCCGCCCUCAGCGGCGGCCCCGCGUCCGAGCUGGGCCUCGUGAGGGAGGCUGCCCAGCAGUACCAGGCCCGCCAGCCGCUACAGCUACAGCCGCAGCAACUGCAGCCCGCACCCAGGCCACAGCCCCAGCCCCAGCCGCAGCCCCAGCCCCAGCAGUUCGUCAACUACCAGGAGCUGACCCCGGCCGAGCUGCGCUUCGUGCAGCGCCAGCAGGAACAGGAAAACGCGCCGCCGCCGCAGCCCCGCUUCGUGCUGCAGCCCAACCCGCAGCAGCUGCAGGCCCAGAUCGAGGCGCAGCAGGCGCAGCAGCAGGCCGCCAACGCCGAGGAGCACGCGGCGGGCGACUACCAGCUGCAGGCCCAGCAGGCCCAGCAGAGGUUCGCGCCCAUCGUGGUGCCCGACGAGGAGGCGCAGGCCGCGCCCAGGCUGUCCGCCCGCCAGCGACAGGCCUACCUCGAAGCGCAGGAGGACGCGUACCUGCAGGCGGCGCAGGCGGCGCAGAGCAGAGGGGUGCGCCUCGGGAGCAGCGGCAACUAG